UCAAUAUGCGCUAUUGGGAAGGAUGUGUGGGAUGGAAAAGAACUCGAAGGUGUACCAGAAAUAUUGGAUAUAACACAAGAUGAUGGGCCGUUCGAGGUGAUAUCUGAAGGAGUGAUACUUUAUUUUCUUCAUGACCAUCAUCUCCGACUCGAGGUUAGCAAAUUUUAUGACGAAAACAUGCUUUGUCAAGCGUGUGUCCUUCCUAUAUAUGAAGGUAACUUUUAUGUUUGUAUGGAGUGUGAGUUCAUCCUCCAUGAAACAUGUGCUAAAGCUCCUCGUAGAAUCCAACAUGCGUUACAUCCUCAUCCACUUAUAUUGGAGGUCUCCAAGAGAUAUACUUCCAAUAAUGUCCAUCACGAUGUUGUCCAUUGCGACACUUGUGGUCGUUGUUCUCUUGGCUUUGCCUAUAGGUGUAGGAUAGGGGUAUGUGACUUCAAGCUAGAUGUAAGGUGUGCUUCAAUUUCUGAGCCGUUUUAUUACGAAGGUCAUGAACAUCCCAUGUUCCUAGCUUUAGGCGCAGGAAUAAAACCCAUAUGUCACGUAUGCAAAACAAAAUGUCUAAAACCAUUAAAUUGCAUCAAAUGCAAUUUUAUUUUAUGUUUCAAGUGCGCAACCUUACCAUACAAAGCAAGGUAUAGGCAUGACACACACUUUCUUACAAUUUCAUGUAGUGAAGAAGUAAGUGAGAAAGAAUGGUGUGAAGUAUGCGAACGUAAUUUAAAAGAUACUUGCACAAAAGUAUUCUACUGGUGCAACGAGUGUUACACCACUUGUCAUAUUGAAUGCUUAAUUGGUAGAGACCCAUAUAUGAUGCCCGGUCAAUAUUUUAAUAAAUGGGUAACGACGGCUCAAGUUCUUCGCAAAUGUAAUACUUCUCGACCAUUAUGUGGUUCUUGCAAGAACCACAUAAUGAUAUAUAUGAUUUAGGCCACCGUAUAGCAUGUUCAUAUGAAUGUAUUAAACAUAUUUAUCCAACCCUCUGAAUAAAGUAUAUAAGUAUCUCUUUUACUCUCAGUUUGGUAUUUUUUAACUGAUAAUGUCUUUAAACUAUUUAUCAUCCGUUAUAAGGCAAUGGCUUUGGUGAUUUAAACUU